AUGCUUAUUUAACCUCAAGCUUCUAAAACUAGAUUUGCUAUUACUCCCAUUAAUAUUCGACCUAUUCAUGCAUGUCUAGAUAUUAGACCAAUUAGACAAUUUUCCAAUCAUUAGAGCAUCUGUAACUUAACUUAGAGAGUAGAACAAAGAUUACCUGUUAGAUAAGUAAUUGAAAACUAAAAUCUUUAAUCUGUUUUAAUCAAACAAGAAAACAAUAUUCGAGUUCAUAAUAAUACCUGUUCUCAAAAUUAAUCCAAUAAGGAAAUUUAAAUUUAGAUUUUAGAACUCACUAAAUAAAUGGACAAUAUGUCCUAAAUUUUAUCAGAAGCCAUUAGAAAAAGCAAUAUUCUUCAAAAACAGUUAAAUGUAUUCAAAUCCAUUUUAAUUAGACGCUUUAAAGUGAAAAAAUGGAACAGACACUCUAAUUUUAAGUGAAUUUAGAUUAAUUUCAAGUAGAAAUCACUUAAUUAACGAAUAGAUUAGAGUUUUUAAUCAAUGAAAACUUAUAACUUUAAGAAUCCUAUUAAAAUUAGCAAUUUUAUAUAGAUUAAUUAGACUAUUAAGAAAAUGAUUAAUUUAACUUCACUAAGAAGUUUGGAUAGAUUUGA